AUGAACGAGCGUAUCUUUUCCGAUGGAGACGAUACCUCGGCUACUUCUGGUUCGAUACUCGAUAGAUGGUUGCGAGGUAUACGCGGUUCUGAAGGGGAGGAGGAGGUCACUUCUAAGGCUUCUAAGUCCACUCUCAAACAAGAGGAAGAUCUUAUUACUUGA